AUGCCAUCUUUCAGAGCUUUUGUUCUUCUGUUCAUAUUCUUUGCCUUUGCUUCUCUAUGCAAUGCAGAGCACAAGGCAAAGCACGCAUCGCUGUCUGUAAAUCUUGAAUCUGGAUGGCCAAUUUCUAAACACUUUUUUGGAGUAUUUUUCGAGGAGAUUAAUCAUGCUGGAUCUGGAGGGUUAUGGUCAGAACUUGUAAGGAAUAGAGGAUUUGAAGCUGGUGGAACAAGUGUUCCUUCAAGUAUUUCACCUUGGUCAAUUGUUGGAAAUGAAUCCACUGUUCGUGUAGAAACGCAGCUUGCCUCUCCUUUUCCUCGUAAUAAAGUUGCAGUGAGACUUGAUAUCCUCUGUGAAUCUUCUAAAGAUUGCCCACAUGGUGUUGGCCUCUCUAACCCUGGAUUUUGGGGCAUGUCUAUUGAAGAAGGGAAAAAUUACAAAGUGAUCUUCUACGUUAGAGCAUUAGGACCAAUUGAUUUGAAAGUCUCAUUCAAAGGAACACUUGGCCAUGAACUAGCUUCUACUAAUAUCAGGGCAUCUGCAAGUGAUGUUUCAAAGUGGAGAAGGAUGGAAACUACUCUUGAAGCCAUUGGAUCGGAUUUUAAUUCUAGUUUGCAAAUUACAACCACAAAAAAGGGAGUGAUUUGGUUGGAUCAAGUCUCAGCUAUGCCAACAGACACCUAUAAUGGACAUGGUUUUCGGAAGGACUUAUAUCAAAUGGUAGCGGAUUUGAAACCAAAAUUUGUUCGUUUCCCAGGUGGUACCUAUGUUGAAGGGCAAAAAUUGAGAAAUGCAUUUAGGUGGAAAGAAACCAUUGGAUCUUGGGAAAAUAGACCUGGUCACUUUAAUGAUCCAUGGGAUUAUUGGACGGAUGAUGGUUUGGGUUUUCUAGAGAUGUUUCAACUUGCAGAAGACCUUGAUGCACUACCAGUAUGGGUAUUUAAUGCUGGAAUUGCUCGCCAAGAAGAAAUCAAUACAACUGAGAUUGGUCCUUUUGUUCAAGAAGCUCUUGAUGGUAUAGAAUUUGCUAAAGGUCCAGUCACAUCAAAGUGGGGCAAGAUUAGAGCUUCUUUGGGACAUCCUAAACCAUUUGAUCUACAAUAUGUUGCUAUAGGAAAUGAGGAUUGUGACAUGUAUAAUUAUCAAGGGAAUUAUCUUAAAUUUUAUAAAGCCAUCAAGCAUCACUAUUCAGAUAUGCAAAUAAUCUCAAAUUGUGAUGCUACUGUGAAACCAUUGGAUCACCCAGCGGAUUUGUUUGACUAUCAUAUUUAUACAACUGCUGAGGAUAUUUUCUCAAAAUACAACAAGUUUGAUUCUGUAAGACGCAUUGGCGCCAAGGCUUUUAUUAGUGAGUACGCUGUAUGGAGAGAAGAUGCUGGAUUUGGAUCCCUCUUAUCUGCCUUAGGAGAAGCCGCAUUCCUCAUGGGAUUAGAGAAGAACAGUGAUCUUGUGGAAAUGGUCUCUUAUGCACCACUUUUUGUGAAUUAUAAUGACCAAAAAUGGAGACCAGAUGCAAUUGUGUUUGAUUCAUAUCGAAGCUACGGAAUUCCUAGUUAUUGGCUGCAACGACUUUUCACAGAAUCAAGUGGAGCAACAUAUGUUAACUCAAAACUCAAAGCCCCGUCCUCUAUUGUCGCAUCUGCAAUUGUUUGGCAAGAUAAGGCGAAUCAUAGGAAUUAUUUGAGAAUUAAGGUUGUGAAUUUUGCUAACCGAGCAACCACUCUUAGCAUUAAAAUUGAUGGCUUGGACUCCAAUAUGGAUCUCUCUGGCUCCACACUUACAUUGCUCACUUCUGGCAAUGUUAGAGACGAGAAUAGCUUUUACAAUCCCGUUAAGGUUGUACCAUCGAAAAGUCUAUUGGAGAAUCCUCAGGCUAACAUGAACGUCACACUUCCUCCAAUUUCAGUGGUAUCAAUUGACUUCCCAAAAUGA